AUGCACGCCUCAAUUUUCGUCACCCUCCCGGCCCCUCACCUCGCUGUGAGCAGCGCGCCCGGCCUUCCACCGCUACCUGCUGCUACUACUGCUGCUGCACUCUGCCUCCGCCCUGGCCUCUCUCCUCCUCGCCCUCCACGUGCCCGCCGCCCUCUGGUCAGGCUAGCAGUGUGUGUGUACUGGGCGUUCUUCCCGCCGCUGCUCUACAUCACCUUCCUGGCCGACUUCUUCAAGCACAGGGUGUGGUGGAUCAUGUUGCCAGCACAGGGUGUGGUGGAUCAUGUUGCCAGCACAGGGUGUGGUGGAUCAUGUUGCCAGCACAGGGUGUGGUGGAUCAUGUUGCCAGCACAGGGUGUGGUGGAUCAUGUUGCCAGCACAGGGUGUGGUGGAUCAUGUUGCCAGCACAGGGUGUGGUGGAUCAUGUUGCCAGCACAGGGUGUGGUGGAUCAUGUUGCCAGCACAGGGUGUGGUGGAUCAUGUUGCCAGCACAGGGUGUGGUGGAUCAUGUUGCCAGCACAGGGUGUGGUGGAUCAUGUUGCCAGCACAGGGUGUGGUGGAUCAUGUUGCCAGCACAGGGUGUGGUGGAUCAUGUUGCCAGCACAGGGUGUGGUGGAUCAUGUUGCCAGCACAGGGUGUGGUGGAUCAUGUUGCCAGCACAGGGUGUGGUGGAUCAUGUUGCCAGCACAGGGUGUGGUGGAUCAUGUUGCCAGCACAGGGUGUGGUGGAUCAUGUUGCCAGCACAGGGUGUGGUGGAUCAUGUUGCCAACCUAUGACGAGGAUACGGAGGUGGAGGAUGCAUACUACUCGGAGAUGAGGGAUGCAGGGGUCUUUGAUGCCGAUGGGGACUGGGACUGA